AAGCUACGCAGAAUGUGUAGCAACUGGGCGCAACGCAGUUGCUGAAUCCGCUUCCGGCGUGCCGACGACACCGAUGCUUGUGCCCACAGACUGAUCACAGGGCUUUUACCCGAACAGCACUGAAUGGUAGCAGCUGAGAGACGGGUGCGGAGCGAGCUUUGCCAAACCCGGAGGAUUUCUCACGGCUCACGGACUAGAAUGCUCUUCUAUAUGUAUCCCCAUAAACGGAUGACAACCUCCAAACAAACCUGUACUGAAAACUUUCAGCUCUACAUCUGACGCGGGGCUGUUAUUGAGAUUUUUUCUGGUAACCAGGUCCAAGAGCAGACAUCAUGCAGGUGCAAACUGUGGGCUAACGUUACUGAAAUGACUUGCUCGGCGCUGACGCGUUUCAUUGUGCCAUGCCAACCCCGCAUUGUCAGAUGCCAUUUUACUCUGCGUUAUCCCAGCGUCUGGAAUUCCAACAUACUGGGCCUGUUGUGUAAUUAGAAGUUCGUGAGGCAGUGGCAAACAAGCUGGUGCAAUGAGAAGCUACGCUGUCCAAGACAUUGUGCGCAAUUUGUGCUGAAGCUUAUGGGUCCUGCUGCGUACUCAAGCUCCCGGCUUCCACUUGGAGAGGUGUGCUGCUGGGCUACAGCGCACUGGCUGUCGGCUUCACAUCUGGACCGCCUGGCUACUGUCAUCUGCGGCCUGUUCGGACCGUGCACUCCCUGAACUUGUAUGUUUAAGAGGAACUGACUGAGAUCGCCUCGGAUGGUGUCGUGUUAGGGAAAAGGGGUGAAUAUUAGGCUGGGACUUGACGUUAUUGGUGAUCCACUGGAACACCGUGGUCCAAAGCUGGACUGGCUGACUACUCAAGGAAAAAACGCUUAUCCAGCUAUGGAUUUUGCGUAGCGAAGUCACGCAUUUUUAAAGGCAACGCUAGGGUGACAUUGCAGUCUUCUCGCCACAUCGGUUAUUUCGUCGUCCGACAAAAAAAUAAAAAAGAGUGAAAGUGGAGUAUUGUCCGUCAUACGUAUCAACGCAGUGGGAUUUCUACGUCUGGUCGGCGUUCCCCCCCACCCUUCCCGCGGUGACGGUUAUGGGUCGGAAGCGGUGUGUCGGUGCAGAUUGUUCCAAGAUGGCGGCCGGGUGCUGCGGGGUGAAGAAGCAGAAACUGUCGGGAUCGCCCGGGUCGGGGGGUCCCGGCGGGGUGGGGGCGGGAAGCGGGGUGGCAGGAACCGGACAUUGUGGCUCGGAGUUGGGGAUUGGCUCCUCCGCGACCGUUGCAGCAGCGGCGAACGUGAGCAGAGCCAACGGCCUGGGGGGACCCGGGGGUAACGUUAGCGGCAGCAGUAGUAGUAGUGGCAGCAGCGGCACAAACGCUCUGUCCCCAGCCCCGGCCGGUUACACUUCAUCCGGCCUCUCCCCGAAUCUCAGCUCGGGACCUGGUUCGGGAAGUGGCGGCAGGAAAAUGGUCGUCUCAGCGGAGAUGUGCUGCUUCUGUUUUGACGUGCUUUAUUGCCAUCUGUACGGAUACCAACCUCCGAGAACACCCAGGUUUACAAAUGAUCCCUACCCGCUGUUUGUCACGUGGAAAAUAGGCAGAGACAAGCGGUUGAGGGGUUGUAUAGGUACAUUUUCUGCCAUGAAUCUGCACUCAGGACUCAGGGAGUACACCCUUACCAGUGCCCUUAAAGACAGCCGCUUCCCCCCUAUGACAAGGGAUGAGCUGCCUCGCCUCUUCUGCUCAGUAUCUCUUCUCACCAACUUUGAAGACGUCGGUGAUUACCUUGACUGGGAGGUGGGUGUUCACGGUAUUAGGAUAGAGUUUUUCAAUGAAAAAGGAUCAAAGCGCACCGCCACCUACCUACCAGAGGUUGCAAAGGAGCAAGGUUGGGACCACAUUCAAACCAUAGAUUCCUUACUACGAAAGGGAGGUUACAAAGCUCCCAUCACAAAUGACUUCAGGAAGACCAUUAAGUUAACCAGGUACCGUAGCGAGAAGAUGACAAUGGGUUAUGCAGAGUACAUCGCCCACCGCCAGCACCAUCACUACCAGAAUGGCAUUGGGCACCCUCUACCACCCUACAACCAUUAUUCCUGACAGCGAGCCGCAUGACCAAUCAUUGGACCUCUCCGCGGACCUUUUCCCAGGAGAGCCUGCCCCCUCCUGGUCUAGCUAUUUCUACUACUGUACCAUUUUAUGAUGAUAGUUUCCGUUGCCAUGCUGGCCGUCUCCCAGACGUUGACAUGGCAACGGGUGGCAACGAAGCAUCAUUUGAUUAUGGCAAGAAAUCCACAUUUCUUUAUUUUUCUUUGCCUGUGGUUAAGUUUUUGCAGCAUUAUGUAUACCUAUAUCUAUAACCCCCCUAUCCAUUAAUAUUUUUUGAAAACUAAACAAAUAUUAGAUUUUAUUAAUCUUACGUCUUUUCAGCAAACCUAAUCAGGUGUUUGAUUCUGUGGAUGGAAGGAAGUCUCUUUCGGUGGAUUAGUCUCGCGCUUAUAUUGUUUAGGCUUUGCUACAAUUUUACAUUUACUAAGAAAACACUUAUUUUUUUCCUUCUUUUCUUUAUCUUACUAUUCAGACAUGUAUACCAUGUAGCAAGGCAACUGCAGUUCUCAAAGGCUGUGUCGUCUCUAUUCUGAUUCCUCUCAAAAAAAAAAAAAAAAAAAAGAUUGACUGUCGAGAUUGCUUGUAAACUCUUGUAGUGUUGUAGUUGGGACUAUAUAUUGGGAUCUGUAUACUCCAAAGUAUAGAUAGUAGGAUUGUGAUGCCCUUUGCUGGUAGUGUUUAUUGUUUGAGCUCACAAUCGUGUGUGUAUUUCUGUGUGUGGAUAUAGAUAUUGGUCUGCCACAAAAUGAAAACCAGUAGAGUAAAUUUAGAAAUUGGAUUUUACCUAAAAAGUUCCCCCACAGAGUUUGUUUGGAAACCUUCCCCUUGAGUAUUCGUAGAGUUUUUGUGGUGGAACCUGUAAACGUUGAACUGCGUUUGUUUGGCUCGAGCUUUUAGCCAUGUUCCCUCUUUUUUUGUUGUUUUUGAACUUUAAGGUAAUUGUGGAGGAAGCCAUUUUUGUCUGAGGAUAAUCACGUUUGUGCAGGGGAUUUGUUAACUGUGAAAUUUGAUACAAGUGGGUCUGAUAUCCCCCGCAUUGGAGAAGGGGAGCAGAAGACAAAAAAAAAAAAAAAAAAGAAUGUGCAUGAACAAUGCUUUCAUUUAAAUUUACUGUGUCUGUUGGUUUCUGAGUUUACUGGCAGGGAGUCACUUGAAUGGGACAUGCUAUAACUACUUAAAGCCAUAUUCUCUUUUUAUUCCACACCUUGUAAGAGUGGUCUGUUGUUUGGCUUGAAGUGUUAGCAUUCGGUCAACUCUAGUGUAUUCGGUCUUCAACCUCUGAAUGCAAACUUAACACCAGCCAGCCUCAGGCAAGGCUGCACCACUGAUACCGGUCUAACCGGGCGGUUUCAGUCAUUUGUCGGUCGUCUUGUAUAUUGCCCUCGUCGUUUUGGAAACAUUGUCUUGCCUCUUCAGAUUAUAGCUAACCAUUGUCACUUGUUCACAAAGUAUGAUGUAUCAAAGUUGUCAUUUUGAAUGAAGACACGCCACUUGACGCACAAAGGAUCUAAUUAACAUGUUUGUGUCAUUUAGAAGUGCAUGUCGUCGUGCUCUUCAGAUUCUGAAGCAGUUAAUUUAGUUGUUGAAACCGCACUACCACCGUUACCCUCUCACACUCUGCUGUUCAGUGAGAUCCCGUUGAUCUUGUGUGUCCACGGCACAGGAAAUGUUUAGAUUCGUGGCCUGUUUUGUCAGCUGUUUGGCAGUAGGUUAGAGCAAACACAGUUGAGUUAGUUAGAGCAGAAUCUCUGCAUGGAGCCGGGUGGCUUGCAGUAAAGGUCUACAAAUAAAAAAGCCAGGGCUUUGUAAGGACUUAAGAAGCCAUUUCCCAUCCAAAUAUUACUUGUUGUGAGUCACAUCCACACACACGUUAGGCUAGUUGGAUUUACUUUUCCAGAAUGUUUGAGGAUCGUCACCCGAUCCGCUCGCUUUGGGUUUCGGCUUUAGUUUUUUGCGAACUGGAAUUUUUGAGAGGUUCCUGUUACUUGACCACCAUCUUUCUUCGUAACAGCCUUUACUAACUGACAGGUUAUUUUUUCUUUAUGCAAAAUGUCAAGGGCUUUUGGCACUCCAUCCACAGUAACCCGAAAUGACCCAGAUUUAAGUUGUGUUGCCUUAAAUGAAUGAUUUAAUAAACGAUGGGCCGGUAGAUGAUGCUCCGACUGCUCCUUUGUCCCGUGGUUCGCUCGUUCCCAGUUCCAUCUCCACACCACAGUGUCGAUGUUGUUUUCCUCACUUGAAUGCUUUCUUGGACAUACGGGGGCUCCUGUAUGCCUGCAGUCUCCUGUUUGCUCUCGUCUUACCCAGCUGCUGGUCCUCAGUCCUUUCAUUUUUUUUUUGAAAGCCCCCCGUAAACACAUUCUCUUAAAAUAAUGUCGCACACUGUGGUGGUGUUACCCUAAAUGUCUGAACCACGGGAAGACCGUUUCAUGCCUCGCAAAAUGUAUGCUUUCAUGAAUACACUACAUCAAAAGUUUGACAGAGGAACAGUCAGACGUUCAUUUCCUGGUCCAUUUAAUACAGCACAACCUGAAUUCUUCUGCUGCAAAACCAAAUUGACCAUGCUAUUUUACAUAUAUGUCUUUGUAUACACAUGCAAUGUAUUUAGUUGCAUGUAUGUAUGAGUAUGAGACCUAUGGUUUUAUCCAUGAUAUGCUUGAUCUAUGGCUUAGACACUCUUAUUAACCAUUAAGAGAUUUAAAAGACAAAUAUGGUGCUAUCGGACCUCAUAUUGGGGUGGUCACAGCUCGUGACUGGUCAUGCGGACUCAUUGAUCAUAUCAUACUUAAAGAUGCUGCAUGUAAGAUUUUCUCUGUAGUAUGUUGCUGUGAAAUGAGUCAUGACGGCACAUUUUUAAUACUGAAGGAUGUGAAUGUCACUGAUACAAACAGUAGCCCCGAGAAGAAAUCUGCGCUUUCGUUAACCAACGUGGGAUUUUUGGGAUCAAUUCCCUAUGGGAAAACCAGACUGAUAUACAUAUAAUGAAGAAGGAAAAUGCCCUGCAGCAAACACGUCACAGGGGCUAUGGAAUGUACUGUUAAUGGUCGUUAUUACAGUUUAACAGUGAUGUAUUAAGAGAAAAUCCUACAUGUGUUACCUUUACUAUCCUUGAUAUAUGCAGAUCUGUUCAACAGGUGUUUUUUUUUCCUACCAGUGCAAGUCAACACCCCUGCAGGUUUGAAAGGACAAGAAGUCACACGUAGCCUCCCCCCUCUUCCCUCAAUUACUCCCUACACUGUGGCCCAACCUCAUGGCCUAGUUUGUCAAGGUGUGAUGUGUGUCGUUCGGUAGAUAGUGGCAGUAGUAGUGACCGUUGCCUCUCCCAGAAGACUGGAUGCUGCUCUUUUUUUUUUCUGAGCACAUCCUCCGUUUAUCCUUUAGCUGCUGAAUCGUUUGACCUCUGAAAAGGCAAGGUUUGAAAGGUCCUGUUGCCGAGGCUUACGCAGCCUGCCUCGUACUACGUUGAAGGUAAGCAUCUCUAACGGGACGCAGAGCUAAUGUUUUACGUAGAACCACGCAGAAAAUAGUCCUGCUUCUGUACUGAUUAACUGUUUAAAGCAUUGAUACCUCAUGGGAUAUUAUGGAACGACAUUUGUAGUUCGUUGUAGCAGAUUGUGUUUUGGUUCCAUACCAGGGUUAGAGUUCAGCCUCAGCAUUCCUUCUGUGGUCAUUCUCAUGUUUCGUGGAAUGCUCAAGCUCGUGUUACCUUCGUAUGUUUGACUGAACCAAAGAUGCCAGCGGCCAUGCCCAAAUGCUGCUCUUAAGGCCUGGCUUCCUGUCCUUCCAAAAGACACCCCUGCAAAUUGACAAAAUGUUCUUUAUGUCUUUUAAUUUUAUUUUAUUUUUUGUGCGAUUUCUCAACUGUCUUGACUUAUUGAGCAACACAAUUUUUCAAUGAAUUUUCAUUGAGUCUAUCCCUGAAGCCACAGACGGCGUCAGGGAUGGUUAAAAAUGGUUGCAAAUUGUUGUUACUUGUUUUGUUUAUUAUUAUUAUUAUUAUUAUUAUUAGUGGUAGUAUAAUUAUUAUUAUUAUUAUUAUUAUUGCUAUAAUUUACAAAAAUGAAAAUCCCAUGGUGUGCCUCCUAGCUUUAUGGGUUUAUAAAUGUUUUUUUCCCUAAAGACCAGCAGUUAUACUUUGUAUAAAAGAUGGAUUUUUCCUUAUUUUUUAUGCCAUUAUAAAUGAAAAAAAGCCUGUUUUCGUUACUCUGGACCCAGUAGCUGCACUGGUAUACAAUCGCACUGAUAGAUGAAUAAAAAAAAAAAAGAAUAAAUGAAUCAAUAAUAAUAAUGAUAAUGACAAAUGAAAUAAGAACUACAAUAAACUUGUGUUUGAAGCUUUUAUUAAAAAAACUUUAAAAAAGAAAAUAAAAAAAAGGAAAUGACUGUUUUUGUACAUCAAAAUAAAUUCUUUUCAAAAGAAUAUUUUGGAUCUAGUUUCAAAAUUAUUUUAGUGGUUUUCUAUGUUCUGAAUUUUUGAGACACUGACUUCGAAGACGUGUCACUGUACAAAAUGACUUUUUCUGUUGCAGUGGCCUGAUGGGCUGGGAGGGUUACCUGGUGUAACUCCUCAUACCAAUUACUCUUUCUUUUCCUUUCAGUUUUUUUUUUUUGGAAUUUUUUUUCUGCUUUAGUAACUUGAAAAAUGUUGAUGGGAUAAUAUGAACUGGGAACUUCAAAAAAAAAAUCCAUCCCCCUUGUAGAGCUAGACCCUUCCUCCUUUCCUAUUGAAUUGCUGUUAGUGUGACAAGACUUGAAAUGGGCAUUUAAUAUGAUAGUAUGACUCCAAAAGAAAAAAAACCACAAAAAUAAACAAACACAUUUUAAAAAAUAAAAAACUGAAGAAAAAAAGAAAUGAGCAACAACAAAAAAAAAUUGCAAAACAAAAAGUGUGGGGAGGGUUGAAAGAAUAUAUAUAGAUGGGUUAUCUGAGUAUGUAAGCAAUGGCUGUGAAGAUAAUGUAGUUUUAAACAUUGUUAUUACCUUUUAAAAUCAUUUAUUCAAUAAAAAAAUACAAAAUCAACUGAAAAGA